AUGUUUGGUCCUCUUCCAAUCCCACAUGUGACGGCGACUGCUGGCCAAUUUCCGCACAACGUCACGUUCCGUCAAGCGGACUGGGUCGCGAACGAGAUACCGGAGGAUGCAGCUCUCUAUGAUGUUGUCCUCGCUCUCUCCAUAUCGAAGUGGAUUCAUUUGAACAAUGGAGAUGAUGGAUUGUUGCGUUUUCUUCGCCGCGUAUACUCUGUCUUAAAGCCUGGAGGCAAAUUUGUUCUUGAACCCCAGGAGUGGGAUACUUAUGCGAAAGCCAAAAGGAUGGAUAGUAGGCUCAAAGAGACAGGAAACAACCUGAAGUUGCGCCCAGCGGAUUUUGAAAGGCUACUUCUGGAUAUUGGGUUUGAGACGGUUGAGCAUCUAGGAAUGAUUGGUGUUGGCGGGUUUCGAAGGCCACUUGAACUUUACACCAAAACCAACUAA